AAACCGCGGCCGAGGCAGACGGGGCCUGGUGACAAAAACUACUUGAAAACGGGGAUUCAGACGAAGAUAUAUUUUUGUAUUUCAUGACUGUCCAAGAGAGAAGGUCCCCGAGUCUGUGAUGCCGGCUAGUCUGUUUACGGAAAUGAACGCCAAUACUGGUGGUUCUCCUUUGGAAGAGCAGCGCGCCCUGCAGUUAGCUCUGGAAUUAUCCAUGCUCGGUCUAAGCGCCGACGAUGAAAUUCCCCCUGGACUUACCCCCCAUGCGCCAAACACCUUUGAGGAUGGCGGCCCCCGAAAAAGGAGCGCCAACAUGACGGAAUGUGUCCCUGUGCCAAGCUCAGAGCACGUCGCCGAAAUCGUUGGCCGUCAAGGUUGCAAAAUAAAAGCCUUGCGCGCCAAAACCAACACUUACAUCAAAACCCCAGUCAGAGGCGAGGAGCCAGUGUUUGUGGUGACUGGCCGAAAAGAAGACGUAGGUGCUGCGAAAAGGGAAAUACUAUCAGCGGCUGAACACUUCAGCCAAAUACGGGCUUCUCGGCGGAACAACAGCGUGUCGGGCGGGAGUGUGACGGGCACAAGUCCGACCUCUUCCACUCUAACCCCCGGCCCUCCUAGCCCGAACGCUCCGGGCCAGGUUACCAAGCAGGUUCGGGUCCCGUACCGUGUAGUCGGUCUGGUCGUUGGCCCUAAAGGCUCGACUAUCAAACGGAUUCAGCAACAGACGCACACGUACAUCGUCACCCCCAGCAGAGACAAAGAGCCUGUGUUCGAAGUGACGGGACUUCCCGAGAAUGUAGAAAUGGCGCGAAAAGAAAUCGAGUCUCACAUCGCCAUGCGGACGGGAGGCAUGGUGGACAGCGGCGGCAACCACGAAGACUGUCACAACGAUUUUCACUCCAACGGAAUUGACUCUGGUUUUCACGAACUAAAUGGAGAUAUUAUGAGUUCCUUAUACAGCAAGCCUCCGCCAAAUAACAGCACUAAUGGUUCAAACGGAUUCUGUACCCCAUUCUCUGUAAACAACAGCAAUAACUUGGGGUGUAGAUCCGCUCGCAACAAUCACCUCUCUGAGCCCACCAUUUUCAACUUCCCACCAGUGAACGGGUGUUCAACAACGUCAACAGCCAACAAGUUAUCCUCUGAAUUCAGCCCGUUAACCUCAAAUGGAUUUACACCUUUUGGGAAUGGAUUCAGCAUUUAUGAUAAUGACGAGGGUAUAGGCUCUCCAUCGUUUGAUCCCAUACCGCCUUCCCCAUCAGUGUGGGCUGAUGUAGGGGACAAUCGCAAUAACCUGGUCUCACUUUUUGGAACUACCAGUGUGGUGGGCACUCUAAGCGGCUCAACGGUCAACAGCAGUCUUCCACGACGCAGCAGUAGCCUGGGUACGACCUCCACCCCGCGUCUGUCCCCUACCCUGACAGACUCGAAUGGAUAUAGCCCUCCCAGCAAUAAUGGCAGUACUGCAGCCUCCGAUCAUGUCAUGGUGCGACGCAUACGCAGUGACCCUUUGACUAACCAUUUGUGCAGUAUCUCAAGCUCGUUCACUCCUCUCAACCCCUCAAAUGUGUUCUGUACUGUUACAACGGCUCCGCUGUCAAGCGGCAUUGGAACCAUUUCCAACACCAACGGUUACAUAAGCAGUACGUGCAGUGAUAGCAGCACGAGCAGCAACGGAGGCUGCAGCCCACCCCCAACUGCCACCCCCCCAAACUGUGUUCAGCCCUUGGGUGUGGCCGCAAGUCCGCCGGACUCUAAUGAAGGCUCCCCGACUCGUGUUCGACGCAAUUGUCUAAUCUGUUCGGACAGUGAGGUGGUAGCAGCACUGGUGCCAUGUGGUCACAAUUUGUUUUGUAUGGAAUGUGCUAAUGAGAUAGUAGAGAAACCCAUGGAUGAGCGACACUGUCCCGCCUGUACGCUCACCCCAACUCAGGCAAUACGCAUAUUUUCGUGAGAGACCAAAACACAAAGGAAUAAUGCUACAGAGAAAAUAUAUUAGUACUUUUACUACACAGCCAAGUCAUAUUAUAUAUAUAUUAUAUAUAUAAGAUAAUAUAAUGUUUUGAUAUUUGAGAAAAAAAUCAUUAUAGUUUGAAUGGAUUUGAGAAAGUGCAAGAGCGAAAGGACAAUUUCAUUUGAGCACAAAUUACAGGCCUUGAUUUAUCUCAAGAAUGCUGCCAAUGAUAAAACAGACUUGAUAGCCAACCUCUUGAACUGAAAGCUGACAAAGGAAGUCUUUACAAAAAAGAAAAUUUGAAUCUUUACAUCCUUAGAUGGUUUUACUUUAUUAAUUACUGCCAUGGUUGGCAUUGUUUUUUAUUUAGAGUUUUUGGACAAAAAAAAAAAGAAAACCAAGUUUUAGUUUGAGAUGUUAGUUGUUGGACGCAGUUUUCUCCAGUAUGGAUGAAAACUUAUUGACGCAAGAGGAGUUUUUGAUCAAACGCAUUUAUUAUGGCUGGUAUGGUAUAUACACAAGUAUACAUGCAUGAAUGAGUUCACUGGGAUACUCGAAAACUUAUUGAGAUUAUUAAAGUUCCAAUACCAUGCAUUAUUUAAAAUAUAUAAUAUAUAUAUAUAUCUAUAUAUUCACUAUUACGAGCCCACACAAUUUACUGUACAACUUGAUAUAACCCAUGGUUAUCAAGGCAAGUAUUAUAGUGGACCUUUAAGAUAUGAGAGUAUUUUAUUCUUUGAAUUAUCAUUGUAUUUCAUAAAACUCCUGGUGUUGCGAAGUAUGAAUCUAAUUUAAAUUAAGAUUAUAUAUUGUGCCGAUAAAUAACUUCAAGUUAAUCGCUCUUUUUAAAGGGUGAGCUAUGUAUUAUAACAGAUAUAGUAAAUGUACGCAAAUGCAGGCUUUACCGUGGGGUAAUUGUUAUGGUUAAAAAAAAUUGAUUUGCUAUUAUCGGACUAAAGCUGUAAUUUAACAGAGUGCAUUUGUCUUACCAUUGAUCGUAUAUUGGGCGUGAAAAUCAAGUUGAAUUUUAAGUUCUGGUAACACAAUCAGUCAUAAAGAGAUUUGGUUUUAAAUUAUAUUUUAUCAGGAUGGCUAUUUUAUAGUCACCGAUUACAUAGACUUUAUUUUAUUCUAUAUUGUAUGAGGCUCCUUAGGGAGAAUUUAUAUGUAAUGUGAUGAGCUGACAGACAGGCUUCUGGCUACAUGUAUAUCUUAUUUGUAUAAAUAGCAUUUCAAAAUGACCAUUUUUGUUGUUUCACACUCAUAGUUUAGUAUUUUCUAUUUUAAUAUGAUAUUAUUUACUACCAGCCGAUGUGUAUAUGUAGAGAAACUCAAUACAGAUGUUGUAAACAAGUGAAAAGUCUAAAAAAAAAAAAGAUAUUUUUUAUUUUCAAGGCCAAUGCAAAUGUUGUGGCCAGAUACUAAUAUUAUAUUUGCUGAACUCAAAUAUUAUAAAUGUAAAAGGUUUUAUUUUUCUGGCAUUAAAAAGUUCAAUC